CUUUUCAUUGCUCAAAGUCAGGUUUGACAACCUUCAUUCAUUCAACCAUUCGUGAUCAUUUCCAGCUAUUAACGUGUACAAUUAAUAUAAAUACAUUUUAUUUAUAUGAUAUUUAUAAAAACAAAGAAACAAAAUGAGAUACGCACAACUUGUAAUGGGACCAGCCGGUAGUGGAAAGUCUACUUACUGUUCUGCUAUUCAACAACAUGCAGCUAGUGAAAAUAAAACAAUAGAUGUGGUAAAUUUAGAUCCAGCAGCAGAAUAUUUUGAUUAUAAUCCCUUAGUCGAUAUAAGAGAAUUAGUACAUUUAGAUGAUGUUAUGGAAGAUGAUGAAUUAAAAUUUGGACCAAAUGGUGGGCUUGUAUUCUGUAUGGAGUAUAUAAUAGAAAACUCAUCUUGGUUAGAAGAAAAAUUAGGUGACGUGGAUGAUGAUUAUAUUAUCUUUGAUUGUCCAGGGCAAAUUGAAUUAUAUACACAUAUGACAAUCAUUCGUCAAUUAAUAACUAUGUUACAAAAUCUCAAUUUCCGUAUAUGUGGAGUAUUUUUGAUUGAUAGUCAAUUUAUGAUUGAUGGAUCAAAAUUUUUAUCAGGUACAAUGGCUGCACUUAGUGUGAUGAUCAAUUUAGAAUUACCACAUAUUAAUAUCCUUAGCAAAAUGGAUUUAUUAUCAAAAAGUGCAAAAAAGCAAUUAGAUAAAUAUUUAGAGCCUGACCCACACAGUUUAUUAGCAGACAUAAAAAAAGAUCCUUGGAAUGAAAAAUACAAGAGCCUUUCUGAAGCAAUAGGAAGGCUUAUAGAGGACUAUAGUUUAGUGCGUUUUUAUCCAUUAAAUAUAAAAGACGAAGAAAAUAUGGCAGAUAUUAAACUGACGAUUGACAAUAUUAUUCAGUAUGGAGAGGAUGCUGAUGUUAAAAUUAGAGAUUUUGAUGAAUCUAUUGAAGAUGACGAUAAAGAUAUAAAUUAUGAUAUAAAUACAUAAAAAUAGCUUGAUUAAAUAAAGUAGUUUUAUCAAACA